GUCGCUAUAUGCUAUCCUACGGCUUUCGCAUUAUAAUAGACCUGCACAUAAUCGAAAACAAACUUUGUAUAUAUAUGUAUAUAUGCUAGAGCUAGCAGACGACUCGACUUGCAGUUAUAAGCUACUACCCUACCAACGAGGUCGCGCGCUUUUUUUCUGUAAAUUGUUUACUCGCAGGCCAAAGCUCUGAUUUAUGUUCACGUGUUUGCGUCGUUGACUUGACGUGCCUACUCCAAAUAGCCCUACGACUAAAUUAUCUUAUCGAUCGGAUGGUACUUGGGCUGCUUCGAGUGCUGUGUUUCGAAAGUAUACUUGUAAACAUUUUAUCGAGCAUGUGAGCAGAACUGCGCAACGAAAUCGACACACGACUUUGCCUAGGCUCAAGGUUGCAUUAGUCCUUCACCCUUCGAAAAACAACUAAAACAAUGAGUAACAUUUACAUUCAAGAACCGCCCACUUCGGGAAAGGUUGUCAUGAAAACAUCCGUAGGAGAUAUAGAUAUUGAACUCUGGGCCAAAGAAACUCCCAAAGCGUGUAGAAAUUUUAUACAACUAUGUAUGGAAGGUUAUUACGACGGUACACUGUUUCAUCGCAUUGUAAAGGGAUUCAUAGCUCAGGGAGGUGAUCCCACUGGCACAGGGGAAGGCGGUGAAAGUAUCUAUGGAGAACCUUUCAAAGAUGAAUUUCAUACGAGGUUACGCUUUGUCAGGAGAGGCUUGGUGGCUAUGGCAAAUGCUGGAAAGGACGAUAAUGGAUCUCAAUUUUUUUUCACUCUUGCUGCUACACCUGAAUUACAAAACAAGCACACCAUAUUUGGAAAAGUUACUGGUGAAACUAUUUAUAACAUGAUAAAACUCGAAGAUGCUCUUGUUGAUGUGAAUGACAGGCCUCAGUACCCACAGAAAAUUAUAAAGACUGAAAUUUUAAAUAACCCUUUUGACGAUAUUGUGCCAAGAACAGUUCCAAAGAAGAAAACUGAUGAAGGAAAAAAGAAAAAGAAAAAGAAAGGAGUCAAAGAUUUUAAAUUACUUUCUUUUGGUGAGGAAGCAGAAGAGGAAGAAGAAAUGUCUAUAGAAUUAAGUAAAAAAUUUAGUACAAAGAGUAAAUCAGCUCAUGAUAUUUUAUCGGAUCCAAAAUUAAGUUCCGAGCCUAUUCUUGCAGAUGAUGAGCCUGCAAGUAAAAAAUUUAAAGAAAGUGAUGAUGUCGAUGGAAGUAGUGAUGAGAAAAGUGAUAAUGAAGAUAAUGUUAAACUAAAAGAAACAAAAGACAUGACAGACAGAAUAAGAGAGAAAUUAAAAAGCUCAUCAAAAAAGACCGCUGAGGUAAAAAAAACAAUACAAAAACCUGAAUUGGAGAAAAAUGAUGAAGAAUCCGAAGAAGAGUACUAUUUUGGUAAAGAACGAGACGAUGAACGUAAAAAAGAAAUUGCCAAAAUAAAGAAAGAGUAUCGAGAAAUCAAGCGUCAAAUGAGAGAUGAAGAUAAUAAAAAAUUGGAAAUUGAAAAAAAGAAAGAAGAUAAAAAGAAUAAAAAAGUCUCGAAUUCUGAAAUGGUACAAGAGUUUCAUAAAACUCAAGAAGAGUAUAAAGAAAGAUUGUCGAAAAUUCCCAAAAAAGGUGUAUCUAGAGAAGAUUUUACCUUGGAUAUAUUGAAAAAAUUCCAAAGUAAAAUAAAUGAAGCAAAAGAAAAAUUAGGAGAAGAAGCUAGCAGUAGUAAAGAAAAGACUGACGACGAUGACGAUGAUUUAAAUAGCGAUUCUUUAUUGGCUCACACGCUUCAAUGCGAAGAAAAAAAUCCAGUAUUAGCUAAAGACGCAAGUACGAAAAAUGAUGAUUGGUUCGAAAUAUACGAUCCUAGAAAUCCGUUGAAUAAACGGAGAAGAGGUGAAAAGGAGAGAUCUAAAAAAAAGUAAUUAUAAAAUGAAAUGAUGAAAAUUGUAAAUUUUGUAUAUUUACAUUAAAUUUAUUUUUU